AUGACUCUUUGUGAGGGGAGAACAACCGGCUGGAGGCGCAGGGAGACUUUUCCUGAUAUCAGAGCGGCAGGGAAAGUGGUGGUUCAGGGUGACAGAGUACAAUCAUGUCUACGGGAAGUGACACCAAGGCCCGUCACACCUCCAGUGGUUAGAAAAUUACUCAACAGCAUACGCCCAGAGCCAGGGGUGAUUCGUGUGCCCUUCGGCAAAGCAAAUGAUCCCGAUAUGUCCAGCAGUCUGGUUCAUGGAGUAACCACAAGAUCCUCCGUCUCUGCUGGAUUAAUCAUUUACCCACCACCUCAGACCUUCUUCCAGAAGAAACUGUGUGAGAAUCAUGGAGCUGUUUAUAAAAAAGCUCCGCUUGGAAGAUCACAAGUCAACAGUCUUGGACUUCCACACGGUCUAGACCUUGAGGAGACAACAUUUGGGAUUAAAACCAUCUACACUUUGAGUGCUGGUGAGCUCAUCAAUCCACCCAAAACAGCAGAGCAGGUAGAAAAGGAGGUGAAAGAGGAACAUGAGCAUUACAUCUGCUCUCAUAACUCCUACUUUGUUGGUGAGCGUAUAAAUAGGAGGUAUGACCCGGGUACAUACAGAGAGGACAGCAUGUUCGGCAUGCUCACUCCACAUAACAACGAUGGCCUCAAUGCCAGGCGGGCUCUCCAAUGGCCCUGUGAUACACAAAGGAACCACAGCGCAAAAUUAGUCUCUAAGCUCUGCGAUGACUUCCGAGAGAGAACACAGCCACACGUGGGCAGAGUUCAUGACCCGAUUUCAGAGACUUUGAGAGUCCCCGCUGACCACACGUUUGGAGUCUUGCUGCGUCCCGAUGAGUUUUGUGCGGGUGACCUUCUGCAUGCCACACCACAUUCUGAGUUCCAGAGAGGCCGGGACAGAAGUCGUACCCUGGUCAGUGCUGUACGCCAACAUCUGAAGAAAUCCAACUUCCAAAACUUCAGCUCACUUCUGGAAGCAUUCAGACACUACGACAAGAAAGACCAGGGGAAGAUCGAUAAACACGACCUGCGGGAAGCUUGUCGUCAGUUCAACCUGGACCUCAGUGAAGACGUCCUGCACAGCUUGAUGGAUCACUGUGACCCCGAUAAAGAUGGGUUCAUAAGCUUCCUGGAGUUUGCUAAUUUUCUUAACUGGAAGGACAAAAUGCCGAUCAGUGAAGCAGAGCAGAGGACUUUAACAGCAGAGCGGAUGCCCAGCGCGGCGCCGGCCUUCAGCCAGAGACCCGAGUCUCAGGAACCAGACGCAGAGAAGCAGGUGGGAGAGAGUCUGGCCAAACCAGAGGACCUGGAACUAGCGGAGGUGGGGGGCGUCCUGAAAACCCCCAAAACGCUCAGCAGAACCAAAGUGGAGCCGGGGCGCUUCGUCACCUCCUCCUCUGCCAUCUGCGCCGUCGUGGGUGGGCUUCCUACUACCGGUUCUCGCACAUUCGGAGUGCGGGCGGUGAGGACAGAUCUUCCUCCCCCGCGUAUCAAACGCAUCACUGAUCGCACCAACUACGGUGACGAGGCGACAGCGUACGACCUGCUGUUUCCCCCUCUGCACUCGGUGUUUAACGUGAACGAGAGAGACUUCUUCAGCCCUCGCACCAGGGACGAGAUGAUGCAGAUCUUUAGGAACUGGAACAUUUCAGAUCAGAUAUUUGAGGAAGUCUGGAACUCGGCCUCCUUAAGACACCCAGCCGGAGAAGUGUGUGUGGAGAACUUCCGGAAAGUUCUCAGAGAACUACAGAGCUAUUAAACAAACUGAACCGGUCUGUUCAUGACCUUUUGUUCAAUGUUUAUAAUAACACUGCAUGCAAUAAAGUCUAUAAAUGUCUAAAA